CACUACUGAUUCUUGGGCAUCACCAGGCACCUUGUCCAGAUUCUACAAGAUUAACAUCACUCUUCUCUCCGCACCUUUCUGUCCAUCCACAGGAUGGUGCUAUAUGCAAAGUUCAUGUGAAAUGGCCUUUAAUGUAUGACUAAGUCCACAUGAAGUCCAGCAGCAUUCUGCCUGUUUGAGUGACUUUGUGCCUUAGAAGGAAAUGUUUCAUCACUUCUUGGUUCAUGCAGCUUUUCAGAGCAGCAGAUGGCUUCCACGAGACCAACGUCUGAAAUUCCAAAUAGUUCUUUUUAUUUUUGUGGUGCUUUUUCUGACACCCCAGGUUUACAUAUUGACAAGGCCAAAAUCUUCCCGCUACUGUGAAAAGCCGCUCUUGAACAACCUCAUAGCUCUCAUUGUGUUUUCAGUCAUGGCUACAGGCUUAGCGGUGACUCUUACUCUCACUGACCCCGUGCCCAAGAGUAUCAGGGCGGCUUAUCACACAUUCGGAGUGCUCUCAUUCACUCAGGGACUUUGUACCAUCAUUCUGACCUUCAAUGCUCCCCAGUGUGCGAAUACCACACCAGAGCUCUAUCUCUUUUCACUGGUACUUUCAUGGGCUUGUAUCAUAUCAACAGGAUUCUUCAUGAUAAGAGGUUGCCUUUGGAUGUUCCACAGAAUGUGUCCAAACUGAUUCAGAGAAACACUCGUCUAGGCUGGUCUGUCCGCCUCACUGCCUCGUGCAGCCCCAUGUAUUAUUCAGAAUCUCCUGUUGAGUUUGAGAUCAGUCUACAGCUGAGCUUGGUUAGCUCCUGUUACAGCGAAUAUUGGUUUACAGUGCUGGCCAUAUGAACAAUCUAAAAAUGUGAAAUGACUUUCAUAAGCAACAUAAGCAAAGUAAAUCCUUCUGCAGAUUAGUACACUGCAUGUAAAUGAAAUAUUUAAUACAGAUAAAAUAUAUUUUGUACAAUUAUUAAUAAUUAUUCAUUAUGAUAACCAUGCAAAGUUUAAUAAAUUACACACUUAAUCUUGAAA